AGGUCACACUGUCACCACGAGUGAAAGAAACGAAAUAAAAGAUUUUUUUUGUUGCACAUGCAAAUAAAAUAAUUAAGACUUUGUGCAAGUGGUACAAAUUGUAUACUAUAUUUUUUAUGAUUGUGCGUGUGCGGGUGGUGCGUGCAGAGAGUAACAGUGUUAAUUAAACCAGUAGUCGACGCGACAGGAAAGCCUAGUGGAAAAGUUGCUUGCAGAAUUCGUCGUGUCAUUUGGAAAAAAGAGUGCCGCGGCAAGUGAAUCUGAAGCACGAAUUAUUCAUUGGCAGCAGCCACCCGCCGCACUGUCGUGGGUCCGCCCGCACGCAAAAACAUGAAAGAUUUGCCACACAAUUGAAUUACCAUUGGCGAACCAUUAAAGUAAAAACUUCAAUGUUUGGCGUUUGUCGUGUUCAUGUGCUGUGCAUAUCCUGAGAUACGUCCAGAAACGCCAAACCAAAUCCGAUUGCACCGACGGUCGUCAUCAUUGCCAACUGCGUUGCCAGUGUAGCGCAGUCGUUCCAAUUAUGGCGCAGCAAACGCAGCAGCCGGUUGCACAGCAGCAGCAGCAGCAGCAACAACAGCAACAGCAGCAGCAGCAACCGCCACCAGCGGCGACGCCAGUGUCCACACCAACGACGCCACAGCCGCCGCCCAUUAACAACAACAACAACGGCAUUGUGUCGUCAUCUAACAAUAAUAACAACGACAAUGGCAAUGGCAACGCAGUGAAUGCUGUGCCCACAGUAUACAAUCAGCAGCCUCAAGCUCUGUACAUGUCCACUGCCCAUGGAGCAGCGCAUCAUCCGCACAUGCCACAUCAUCCGUUCCAUCACUCUGCGAUGCUGCCGGCCCCCAACAAUGUCUUUGUGAACAAUGUGACUGCCCAUGUGAAUCUCCAUAACUGGCCGCAGACCGCCUACAUGCCAGGCGGAGGUGCUCCGACCCAUUAUGUGAGUGCGCAUGGCGACUUGCCACCGGAGCAGGGCAAUCCGCUAAUACCGCAAAUAGCGCCAAUGCCACACCAUCAAGGCAAUCCGAAUGGCCACAUUUCAUCCGGUAUGGGCGGACGCAAUCGUGGACGUGGCCGCGUACGCGGCGGUGGCGGUGGCCAACGUCGCGGCGACUACCACGGACAACGCCACAUGCAACAGCAACUGCAGUUGCCGCCGCAGCAGCCACAGCAACUGCAACCGGACGGCACCAGCCCGGCACCAAACGCCAUGCAACUGCAACCGGACCAGAUGGUGCCGCAGCAACCGCCGGAGGCACAGCUGCAGCCAGUGUCCUAUUACGCUCCGCAUCCGUACGCUGCAUAUGGCGGCUAUCAGGGCACCUAUUUUGCGCCGCAUCACGGCCCCAUACAAGCGCCGCCAACUGCGACAGGCACUCCACAUCCGGCCACUGGCAUGCCCUUGUAUAUAUCUCAUAUACCGCUCUACAAUGGCGCACCCAUGUACAACUACAUGGGUGGCUGUUUCUACCAGCCACUUAUGCAGCCGUCUGAAUAUCAAUACUUGCCCGACGACGCUGGCCAGCCGCAGGGCGGCGUAGUUGAUGACCGCCAGGUUUGGCAUCCAACGCAUAUGUAUGCCGAAGAUUACCAGGAGAUGGCGCAUGCGAAUGGCGAUGAGCUCAACCACAACAGCUCAACGUUGACCUCACCGGAAACGUCGAACAUGUUGAGCCCCAACUAUCCCAUCUACGAUACUCAGCAAAUACACGAGAUGCAACAGCAGAUGGGCGUUAUGCAGAUCUAUGAAGAUGGACAGCUGGCUCCUCUUCAGGCCAUGCAUCCCAUUGCCGCUCCAGUGCCACAGUAUGAUGAUGAGCUAUCCGAAUGUGGAGCUGCGCCUAUUGCUGGCAUGCCCGCUGCUUGGACAUUGCCAGCAGAUGGUCCGCCUCAGCCCAUGCUGGUUCAGGCCGUUCCCUCACAUCAUAUCAUUCAGCCACAACCUCAGCCAACAAUUUGCAUCGAACAGCAGCCGCAACAGCAACAGCAACUGCCGGUCCAACCACCUCAAGCGGAGACGCCCACCCCACCAGCUCCACAGGAAGCGCUGGUUAAUAAAACGCUGCUCACCAACAACAACAACAACAACAACAAUAACAAUAAGAGCAACAACGAGCUGACUUUGGAGGAGACACCGAUUGGCAGCAACGAGAAGCCGCAGAAACUUGAGCUGGACUACCAACAGCAGAAGGUGGAUAAGCAUCAGCAGGCAUCUAACCUGGUUGUAUCCAUUGCCACCGUAGCACCGCAACAGCACCAGCAGCAGCAAGUGGCCGUGCCACCGCAGCAACACCAGCAGCAGCAAACUUCGCCAGUUGUGCCCCAGCCACAGCAGCAACAACAACAAACGGCAGCUCACAAUGAGCAACAUGGACAGCAGCAGCAGCAGCAGCAGCAGCAGCAGCAGCAUACACCCCAUCAGCAACAGCAGCAGCAGCAGCAACAGCGUAAGCCACCUCAGCAGCAGUACAACAACUCGCAGCAGCAAGUGCGUCGCAAGUACUCCUCCGAGUACAACCACCAGCAGAAUCACCACCACCAUCAGGGCAGCAGCGACACUGCCAUACAAACCACCAAGACGAUGUCGUGGACAAACUCCGCCCAGCACAAGAAGUCCACGCAGUCGGUGGCGGUCACAGCAUCGCCCAACACUGUAAACAAUGGGGCAACUGUUGCUGCGGGUGCAGGUCCAGCUGCUGCUGCUACAAGUGGAGCAACUGCAACAUCCACUGGGGGCGGCUUCAAUAAGCCGUCCAGCACCGUUGGCGGCGGCAUCUACAGUCAUCCCACCAAGACCUACACCAACCAGCAGCAUUACCAGCAACAGCAGCAGCACUAUCAGGGCAACUACAGCAGCAACAACAGCAGCAACAACAGUAACAGCAGCAGCACUAGCAACAACAACAGUCAGCCACAGGUGCGCACAUAUGGCACGAUGAAGGUGCCCUCAUCGCCUGUUGCAAGCUCGGCUCCAUCGCUGGAACGCAAGAUUAGUGGGCAGCAACAGCAGCAGUCACAACAGCUGGGCAACAGCAAUACAACAACAACAGCAACUACCUCAACGGCUAGCAUCACUGCGACGCCGCAACAGUUUCAACAACAGACGUCCACUGAAAGUCUGUCCAACAGCACAAACAAUGCAACAGUACCGCCGCAGCAACAACAACAACAGCCGCAGCAGCAACAUGGCCAAUAUGCUCCAGCUGCCAAAGCCUAUGCGAGCUAUGGAGUCAAGUCAAGAAACAUCACUCAAAACUCGAGCACAGACGCCUCCUUCAGUGCAGCUGCAACUGCUGCAGCUGUGCAGCCGGCGCUGAACUUGGCGCCACCCGCACCGCCUGCUUCGCAGAGCGCCAGCAGCGCGGACAGCGGCCAGCCCUCUUGGGCCAGUCUCUUCUCCAGCAAGAAGCCCGUGGCCAAGGUGGCGCCCUACGAGGGCAACAAGUCCCAGCAGCAGCAGCAGCAGCAGCAGCAGCAGCAACAGCAACAACUGCAGCAACCACAGCCGCAGCAGUCGUCGCAGAUGCCAGUGGUGCCACCACAGUCACAAGCAGCACCACAGCAAUUGCCUGCGCCACAACAGCAAGUGGCCUUUGCGUCGCCUUCGCAGAACCUGCCCAACGUUCAUCAUCAGUUGCAGUCGCCGACGCCGGUGCCGGCGCCAACUGGCCCGCUCAUCACACCGGGCGCACUCUCCUAUUCGGCGGCCUCGGCACAGGCUGUGCCGGCCUCUGUGGCCCCACCCGCCUCGGCAGCUGUGAAGCCGCUGAAAGGGGAGCCGUCGCGCGCCGCCCAGCUCGACGAGUGGACCAACAAAUACGCCGACUUCUUGAUACGUUACAAAACCAACCUGACGCCCAUUAGCCUGCGGCCGCGUGGCCUGACUAACCGAUCCAAUUACUGCUACAUUAACUCGAUACUGCAGGCGCUGCUCGGCUGUUCGCCCUUCUACAAUCUGCUGCGCUCCAUACCCAAGCAGGCGGCGGUGAUGAGCGAGGUCAAGACUCCCACAGUGAACGCCAUGAUGUCGUAUAUGAGCAACUUUUCGUCGCUGCCGAGCGGCACUCGCCUGCGGCUGAACAACAAAGCUGCUCAGAUCAAGGGCAAGGAUGAAUUUGCCGGCGUUGAUCUGCAGUGCGAUUUGGCAUUUGAGCCCACGGAAAUCUACAAACUGUGGAACGACAGCCGCGAGGAGCACGUGGAGGGCAGACAGGAGGAUGCUGAAGAGUUCUUGGGCUACGUUCUCAACAAGCUGAACGAUGAGAUGCUCGAGAUUAUCAAGCUGAUUGCCAAGCCAAAUGCCCAACAGAAUGGUGUGGAGCAAGAACAGGAGAUCGAGGAUGGAGGCGACGAUUGGCAGAUGAUCUGCAACAAUCGCAACAAGGGCAGCAUUACGCGUCAAACUGAUUUCGGACGCACUCCGCUGAGCGAUAUCUUCCGGGGUGAAUUACGUUCGCGACUUCAACGUGAGGGCGAGCACUCCACAGAUGUUAUACAGCCCUUCUUUACGCUCCAAUUGAACAUUGAGAAAGCGGCCUCGGUGAAGGAGGCUCUGGAGAUACUCGUGGGUCGCGAUCAGCUGGAGGGCGUCACUGGCAGCAAGAGCAAACAAGAGGUGGUCGCCUGGCAGCAAAUGACGGUGGAAAAGUUGCCCAUCGUUUUGAUAUUGCAUUUAAAAUACUUUGACUACAGAUCCGAUGGCUGCACAAAAAUACUGAAGAAGGUCGAGUUCCCUGUGGAGCUCAAAAUCGAUGCCAAAAUACUCGGCUCGAAAAAGACGUCGCAGAAGCAGCGCACCUAUCGUCUGUUUGCGGUGGUCUAUCACGAUGGCAAAGAGGCCUCGAAGGGCCACUACAUAACGGAUGUGUUUCAUACCGGCUAUAACAACUGGCUGCGCUACGAUGACAGCUCGGUGAAGCCGAUCGGCGAGAAGCAAGUGCUGCAACCGCACACGCCGCGUGUGCCUUAUCUACUCUACUAUCGCCGCUUCGAUACCCUGCCGCAGGUGCAGGCUAGCAAUGGCGGUGGUGCCGGCAAUGCAGUAGGCGCCACCAACUCCCACGCACAUGCCCAUGCCUCAGCCAAUCCCGCGUCCACCACAGCAGCUGCUAACUCAGCGAAUAAUAAAUGAAACUAAGUUGUCAAAAUAAUGGCAUGCUCGGUCUAAGGGCUUGCCAGAGUUGGGUUUUUAAUGCAUAUACAUACAAUUUAUCGGUUAUAUUAUAUUUAAAUGCCUAUGUUUAAGCCCAAAGUCCAAAGCGCAUGUAUGUGUGAAUGGUAGUUGUAUUUGUGUGGUGAAUGCGUGUGUGUGUGCGUGCGUCUAAGCUUAAUAAAUAAUCACAACUCUUAGUUGGUAAGCUUUAGCCGUAAUCCUAAGUUGAUAAGAGUUUAGUUGUGCAACAAAGCAAAACAAAAAGCCAACUAGAAGUCGUUGUGACGAGAUCUUUGUACAAAACGUAGCGCUUGGGAUGGCUAAACAAAACAGCGAGCAAAUUAUACACAUAUAGACUAUAUAGUAAGUUUCUUAGAUUCAAACCAGCCAAUAUCUGUAAAUCCUGUGUGCCCCUCAAUCCUAUCUACAUGGCACAAAACUCAGAUGCGUGCAUACGUAGUUGUAGACCUCUUCAAUAUGACAAACAUUUAGAGCUCUAUAUGUACAUAGAUUCGUAGUAUACAUAUAUGAUAUGAUAUAUUAUAUACACAUUAAGAUGUAGAAUUUACUUGCAGUAAUUGUUUAUAGCAUGCAGCAUGCAUUUAGGCGACAGAGGAUACAAUCAGCCGUGCAUCAGGUUAAAAACAAUAAUCUUAUAUUGAAAUGCUUUGAAUAUGCUUUAAAACCAACAAACAAAAACAAACAUCUUUUGUAUACAAUACAAGACAUGAAAAUACAUGAAUAAAUAGCAUUAUUUUGUGUGUAAGUUCAAAAUAAGUGAAUGCAAAAAAAGAAAAAUGUAGGCGAUUUUUUUUUUUUAAUUAAUAUAGUUUGUUGCUUAGUUAGAUCCCAUAUUAAUUUUAAAACUACAUAUAUAACUUUUAUGAAAUCUGUUUGCAUCCAUUAUGAUAUUUUAGUAUCUGUUACGAAAAAUCGUGAAAUUGGCUCAUUCAUUAUACAUAUUUAAAUAUUCUAUUUUUUUGAGAAAUUGUUUUAUGUUUCGUUCCCAAUUACAAACAAACAAGAUUUCUAGUUGCAUAUGGAGUUAAUAUCACACAUUACGCAUAUACAUAAAGGUUCACAUAUAUUUUUUUUCUAAUUCAUAUAUUAUAUAUACAUUUACUAUAAAUAACGUGCCAAUGUUAAAAUUCUAUAAAAAUGUAAAAAAAAAAAAAUUAUCCAAAACAAUAAUUUUUGAUACUUGUGUAGUCAGUGACUUAUCAGAGGAAUAUUGUUAAACUUAGUUACAAACUUUUGUUGGAAUAGGUUUUAUAUAUAAUAAUCGAUGUAAAUUAACGUAAAACCUAUAUAAAACCAAUGCAAACGCGCCGACUUAGAAUUGUUAGAACCUUCAUCUGAAAGUAAUGAAGUUUAAACUUGCAAGUUAAAAACUCUAUUCUACAAACAAAUUGUUUAAAAAUAAUAUAUAUUUUUUAAAAUUAUAAAAUGAAUAAAAUUAAUGUUCUGCA